CUGAAUGUCAAAAAUCGAAGUAAUGCCAUUUUAUUUUCAAAAAAUUUCGGCAUUAUUACAAUACCUACUUCCCCGCCAGUAACGGUGGGAAGUAAGAUUCAUUUCACUACAAGAACUUGACACAUUCGAACCUCGUGACUCUUUUACGAAAUAAAGUUUCAGGUGGUAUUUUACUGUGCAUAGCCCGGAUGCCUACUAAGGGAUUAUACUGCAACCACGAUACUGAAGUAUGCUGCCAAAUUCCUAAUAGCCAGGUCGAUGUGGACUUAAACGAUGUGUUGCCGAAGUUAUCUAAGAAGACAGUGCAUCCUACUAGUAUCAAUGAUCUCAUAUCUUCCGAAAAGAAGCUUUCUGCAGGGUCGUCGAUCAGGAUUGGUGGAACGGAUGGCACAUCACCUAUGGCCAUUCAGGUUAACGCUGAUGAGAACCUGGACAGAAAAACUCAAUACACAAGCGGUUCUUCCAUCCAAACAUCGACGCUAAAACCAACGAGAGAAGUAAAUUCGAACGAAAAUUCGAUCUUCGCUAGACCGAUCGACUAUAGCAAUGUCCAUUUUGAUAGCAACGUACGAUUCGCAUCGACUAUUCAAGGGCCUGAGUACCUCCCUCCACUUGUUGGUACAACCCCAUCAAUCUCCACCUAUCAACCAUCCAUCCCAACAACGCCCAGGCCAGCUUGUCCACCAGGAACACAACUUACCCCGUCUGGAAGAUGUGAGUCUGCUCAACCGCAGGAAAUGUCCGCCAGGCACCAUAAGAAAACCUGACGGCACAUGUGAAAAACCAGCAUGUCCGUAUGGCUAUGAGCAACAACCUGACGGAAGCUGUAAGAGGCUACAACCUCCAACAACGCCUCAACCUCAACCUACUGCGACACCAGCAUGUCCACCUGGAAGGUACCCGACUGGAGGUGGUAGGUGUUCCUCGCCAACAACGCCAAGCUGUCCUCCAGGAAGCCUGCGUCGACCUGAUGGCAGUUGUGGUCCACGGACGGGUCCUACACCAGCACCCUGCCCUCCAGGCACACAUCUGACGUCUUUAGGUGAAUGCACUCCUGAUACUCAAACAACAGUUGGUUUGCCCGUUCGGUUCAGUGAGACAACCUGAUGGCACCUGUCAGACAUCUUUGUCUCCCAGACCUUGCCCGCACGGAACGUUCUUAAC